UCCACUCCGAGAAGAGCACUUCCUCCAACCGCCUGCUGCCCCGCAAACCACGGUUCUUCAGUGCUCGAGAAACUGCGGAGAAAGCGGGAAAUCCCCGGACACGGAAUCAGUAGCAGAGUACACAACGGUAGAGAAGGACAAAAAGUGCUGAACUUAAAAUUGUGGAUUUGACAGAAGCUGACUAAAAUCGGACUUGAAAAAAAGUUUAAAUAAAAAAUGGCAAUACCCGUCCCAAAACAGCAGAGAAGGAGAGUACGAAGAUCUUCAAUCGCAAAUAUACCCACUAGACAGGUUGAUUUUGAGGAUUUAAGUCUGAGUUCAAGAGUCCUGUAUUUAACCAUGUACGAGACUUGGAAACUUCUCCGAACCCUACUCUCUGACUUGGAAGAGAAAAAGGAGGAGGAGGGGAGGGAGGAGAGAUAUGGACAGGAGAGAAGAGAAGUGGUGAAUAAUAUGAUAGAUCUCAGGAAUCGUAGACAGCCAAGAGAACCUGGAUAUGCUCGUGAUUUAGGUCGGGAGAAGAGAGAAAUGAAAACAGAAGGACGGAGACAAGAAGAAGACCAGGACCAAGAUAUCUCCGCCGAAGAAUUGAUCAAACUUCUCCGCAAUCUCAACCAAACCCCACACCAGAUCCCGGAAUUAGAAUCGUCCAAACCUGUAGUACUUGAACGUAAUCCUGGAGUCAAUAUAAAACCGGAAGUUGGACUUCCUGACUGUAUUCCUGUUUCCUACAGGAGACCAAACCAGCUUCCUGAUCUGGUGAACAGGAAAAAAUCUGUUUUUAGAUUAGACUCUCAAUGGAUACAUAACGCCCCUGGAGGGGAGCCAAGGAGCCCUGAGGGGUUCAACAGUUCAGGGCCAAACAGGGGUCCUGUUAGUCGAAGAUGGUCUUACUCAGGGGCCCGGCAGAGCUAUGAUGAGGGGGAUGGGGGCAGAAUGGAGAAGGGGGUUCAAGGGGGUUCUGAAAGAACCUGGAGACAAUGUGGAGAUGAUCUAAACCGUCUUUCUCCUAGAGAUGAACCCUACACACCUCUUCACAGAACCCAGAGCUUGAGAACACCCUGCAGGACGGAUUCAAGAUCUCAGGGUAGGAGAUACACCACUGAUACAGCUCCAGGGAACAGGGUGAUCAGGAAGAAAUCUGUUCUCUCCGAUAUAUUCGUAGUUGCUACUCUAGCAGGAGCCUACUAUUGUAUAAACAAGAUUAAAUCUUGGAUUUGAUAUUAUCUAAUGUAUUAUAUAUCAGCUAAUUAUAUAUUUAUAUAUAU